CAAUACACACGCGCGCCGGUGUACUGCCGGAGUACUUCAUGGCGUCACACAGCUGACGUGUAUACGUGCACACCGACCGCGCCGCGCGGAGUGGAAUGGUACGCGACGAGGACGGGACCACAAUACCACAUCAUAUCACCACGGCAGGACGUAGGACAACCCUCGCGAACGAGUCGGAUCACGGUACGAGCGUUGUUCUCGCAUAACCUCGGCGCGUCGUCACCGGCGAUUAAUCGGAACCGAAUGUGUCACGGAGUCGCGAGUCGUCACUGAGCCUGGCGAAAUCGUCUUCCCCAAAAGAUGUCGUUGACAUUUCAGCAGAUUAUAUUGGAUGCCAAGAAAUUGGUCAUUCGAAUUUCAGACCAUGAGAAUACGGCAGACACUCUGAUAAGCGAGGUAGAGGCUGUGUGUGGACAAAUUGAUAACAUGAAGCAGUAUCAAGAGGAAGUAGAAAUUUUAAACACGGAAGCAAAGCAGAGGCCGCACUUGCAAUUGAUUGCCGGAAUCCAAAGGGAAAAUAAGCAUUUGCGAGAGAUACAAGCAGAAAACAAGGAAUUGAGAAACGCAUUGGAAGACCAUCAGCAUGCGCUUGAGCUCAUAAUGUCCAAAUACCGACAGCAAACUGCCUCUUUAUUACGUCUCAGCAAAACUGAUUAUUCAUCCAUGCACAAUUCAAAAUACGCUAAUAUAAUAACCAGUCAAGCGGAGAAAAUUAAUGAGAUGGCAGCCGUAAUGAAAACAGCCGCUGCCUUAGACGAGGAGAAUGAAUUGAAGGAGAAGGAGGCGUUUCAUACGUUAAAAGAAGAGAACGCAACACUUCGAGAAAUAGUAAAUAUUGCAAAUAAAUACGGUUCCUUAAAUAAAGAAUGUUCUGUAGAAAGCAAAACCGUUCAAACGGAUCCGCCAAUAGAUUAAAGGUAUAUCUGCUCCUAGAGCUUUCGAUCCUUUUUUAUAAAAAAAGUUUACCAGUAUUUAUUUCACACACAAACUCAUGACAUAUUCUAUUACUUACUAGAUAGAAUCUAUUAUACAUAGUAAGAAGUGUAUGUGCAAGUUGUAGUAUAUUAAAUAUUUGUAAAAUAAAUUGUACAAGCUGUUUGCAACAUA